CCGCGAACGUUUUAGGAGAAGUUAACAAAGGUAUUUAUGUGCUCUUCAGCGGACUGGAUUUGGAACGAUUAGUAGUAUCCAGUGGACCCGUGGGAAUUUUGCAAGCUUGUUGCGACAUCGCCUUUGAGUACGCUCAUUCGAGAAAACAAUUCGGCCAAUAUCUCGCGCAAUUCCAGUUAAUACAGGUAACAAGACAGAAGACUCCAAGUCUCUGUUUGAAAAAUUUUUACGAUCUCCAAUUGAGAUGCCGUCCAAUUCUAAUUACGUUUCAGGGGAAGAUAGCGGAUAUGUACACGGCUCUGAGCGCGAGCAGGAGCUACUUGUACUCUGUCGCGAGGUCCUGCGACGCCGGUCACAUAAAUCGCAAGGAUUGUGCCGCAGUACUCGUCUUCUCCGCCGAGAACGCAAUGAAAGCAGCGUUGGACGCAAUACAGAUACUUGGUGGCAACGGGUACAUCAAUGAUUACGCGACGGGAAGAUUGCUGCGAGAUGCGAUCGGUGCGGGCAGCAAUGAGAUACGACGUAUAGUCAUCAGCCGAGCGAUCACCGAAGAAUAUCUAUAAAACAACGAGUUCUUCGUAGUAUAUAUCAUCCAUUAAUGCCCAUAAGACAAUUCUUUCCAAUGGUAAAAUAGACUCUGUUUAUCUAAUCGUGUGUUUUGGCCUGUAUUACGAGCGGUAUUCGAGUGUUAAUAAAGAAUUUACAUUAACUUCUAAUCCACUUUAAUUCGUAACCAACGUUUCGACCUACUUGGUCUUCUUCAGGGCAAUCAAUGCUAACUCUAUUACGCAUUAUAAGGCCAGCGUAUAUUAACAACAAAUAAAAGUAUCUUCGCUCGUCUGAAGCAAAAGCUAAUCGUGUGUUUUGGCCUGUAUUACGAGCGGUAUUCGGGUGUUAAAAGAAUUUACAUAUAGAAUUCGGGUAUAAAGAAUUUACAUCUGUUUAUCUAUCUCUCAUUUCUAUUAAAAAUGAAUUAUUUAUUUUUAUUAGUAAUUAGUUUAUUAUUUUUUUAUAUUGUUUUGAGUCUUUAUUGCACUUGAUAGGAGUAAGCGAGAGGUUUUAUACAUUAAAUAUGUUUUAUACGCGAAAGGAACGCUGUUGUCUUUAGUUCCCACGAACUCCCGGAAGUACCAACUAAUUCCGAUGGUCCCUUCUUUUUCUCUCUCUUUUUUUGAGUUUGCCCUGCAAUGCGUAAUUAACCGGUGAUUCAUUAUCGUCGACCGCCAAUCCUAGGCACAUCGCAUAUUGGCGAUAUGCGUUAAUGAUCGUAUAAAUUAAGGUAAAGUGAGUCACUAGAGCGAUUGACUAACCUUUCGCGCUAUAGGUUGCUAAUUUAAGUCCUACACGCGUUCUCCUUCUCCCUCUCUCUCAUUAUUUCAUUCUUUCUUUCUCCCGUCGCCGAUUCUCUAGUCUCCGUUAAUUACAGUGCAGCCAAGCUAAUUGCAUCGAAUCGGCCUGCAUAGGGGAGAAGUUCCUCGUUGCCCGUGAACGUCGCACGGCGAAAGAAGCGCGUGAGAAGAAGUGUGUCUCACAAGCGGAAGAAAAAAAUACGCGACCGACCAGGUUUUCGUGAAUCGAGGAUGGCCCUCAAGUUCUCCAUAGGCAACUUUUACGAGACCUAUGUAAGUACGAAGGGCACGCGACCCAGUAGAAGUCCCUUCGAUCUCUUUCCCGAUUUAUAGUCCGAUCAUCUGUCUGCCAGAACCAACCACCUCGAUUUCCAAUGGCAGGUUCCUCGAUGAAGUCUGGAGUUUUUCGUUUUGCGGAAAAUUCGAUGAUAGGCUUAACUUUGAAGCUACGUUGAAACAAACAGGUACAAUCGGUUUAUCUCGCGGUUAAAUAAAUGGCUUAUUCGACAAUGACAAUUACAGGAAAUAUUUGAUAAUGGAAGUAGAUUCGGAAUGAUUUCGACGAUUCGAAUUAUGAAAAAAUAAAUUAGGUAUCCGAAUAUUUUAAGACCUAACUUAUACCUAUUUUAUUUUUUGUCGGCUGACGAAGACUCCGUGUAGUCGAAACGUUCUAAUAGUUAAACGAUAAUUUAUUUAAUUUAUAAUUACUUUAUCUGAUCGUUUAUUGUCCCACGUUUUUUCCGGUUGAUCCAAAUAUCUAUUUUUUUGUUAAUCACGAGUAGAUUGCAACUUCGUUUUUGUUUGACGUCGGAACAAAUUAACAAAUGAAUAAUUUCUUUUGAAACUCGAUGUCAAAUUUACGAAUGAAGAAACUGCCGUUGAGAUAUUUGACACGAUGAAGCGUAUCUCGUAGCUUCCUCCGUAGAUACUAAACCGUACAUAAGCCCGCCCUACUUACAAUAAAUUGGUUAUGAAACACGUUUCAAAAUAUUUCGAACUGAGUCAAUAAAGUUGCGUUGUGCAUGAGAGUUAUACAAUUUAUAGAAUUAUGGAGUCCUACCCGCGCCUAUCUUCUCCGAUAUUCAUAGCGUUUUGUAUCAUACACAUAAAAAUCACAUAAAAUCCUGUUGCUUUAAAUUGCAAUAGCGUCCUACAUCGUAUACCACAAAUAAUUUCUGCAAAUUAUCGUGACAAAUAAUUUUGCGUAAUGUAUAUCAUUGAAGAAUUCAAAUUACAUUCAA